UUUCGAUCGGGCUUCUGUGGGAUAAACAAGUGACAAUUAUAAAGCAUGUUAACUAACAAUAUUUAAUUAUUCAUUGAUUAAAAAAAACCAGGUUGUGAUAAAAAGAAUCAAAUUCAAUGAAUAUUUUGAGAGACAAAAAAAAAAUAAUAAAAUUAUCGAAAAUUAAUUAAAUAAGUCUUAAUUAUGGAAAAUAAUUCAAAUGUAAACGAAAGUUUUUCAACUACUACGGAUAAUGUAAAAGAUACAAUGAAAUUAGAUAGAGCUGAAAUAAUUGAGGAGAUGCUAUCAAAUAUAAGUUCACCCUUAAAUGUGACUAAUAAUUUAUAUCAUUCACAACAAUCGUGGAUAACGACAGCAUCAACGAUAAUUCCACUUUAUUCCGUGAUAUUUUUAUUGGCUGUGAUUGGAAAUUCUUUAGUUAUAUUGACAUUGGUGCAGAAUAAGCGAAUGCGUACGAUAACCAAUCUAUUUCUACUGAAUUUGGCUGUUUCCGACUUAUUUUUGGGAGUGUUCUGUAUGCCCUUCACACUCGUUGGAAUGUUACUGCGGGAUUUUAUCUUUGGAGAAUUGAUGUGCAAACUGUUACCUUAUUUACAAGCGAAAAAUAACAUCGAAGUAUACAUUAGCAAUGGUGGGACAAGAAGUCGCUGCUCACAAACAUGCAAAAGUAGCCCAAAAUACAACGCAAACGACACGCAAUCUUCAUUCCAUCAACUCCACAACUGUUCCCACGAUUCAACCCUCGUCAAAAACGAAUCGAUGAGAGUUCACAUGCCGGGUUUGAGGAGGUCGAAUGCCGAAAAAAGCUUACUUAACAAGAAACGCGUCAUAAAAAUGUUGUUUGUUGUCGUUCUCGAGUUUUUUAUUUGUUGGACACCACUUUACGUGAUCAAUACGAUAACUUUGUUUGAUCAUAAAAUCAUUUAUCAGAAUCUUGGCUAUACGGCCAUAAGUUUUUUCCAAUUGCUAGCCUAUUCAUCAUCAUGCUGUAACCCAAUCACGUAUUGCUUCAUGAACAUAGGGUUCAGAAAGGCUUUUCUAAACUUAUUUAGAUGUUUAAGGCAGCCCAAUGAGCCUACGAGACGUGUAAGUCUCAGCGCAUAUACUUGUAACAACGCUCAACCGACAACUAUACCGACAUCAAUUUCAAUCAACAACACGGGCAAUAAUAACAACAACAGUUUACUCAUCACUAAUUCCGGUAGCGACUGUUAUGAUCUGUCAAGGCAGCAAUCUUUCAAUAUUCCGAGAAAAGACAAUAUCAACAUUAAUGAAAUACGAUGUGACGCUUCAAGUGGCAUAAAUAAUCUAAAAAUAAAUGAUUAGCAUAACUGGAUAGCGAUUUCAAUUUAAUUAUUUACUAUGUUGUUGUGCUUCUUGGGUACAGAUUAAGACUCAAUAAAAUGAAACAAAUAUAAGUUUUUGUUAUUGGAUUCCUUCUUAUCAGUUAUGUGGUUAUGAAAG